ACAAGUUGUCUAAAUUAGAAAAUAAAGAAAGCAACCUGCCAUUUUUUUUCCCUACACAUUAAUAGUGAACACGUUGACCAUAAGAUGGGGGAGAGUGAGAUCCCAUUGCUGUCAUCAAUGUUUUGAAAUCCACGGUAUGAGUAUUCUGAUAUUAUCCAUUUAGGCGGAAUACAAGUGGAUCAACUAAAUAUAUGCAUAAAUAGCAGUACAUUAGUUUCUUAUUUUGUAUAGGAAGUGUAAAGCUAUGGCUGGUGGAGGAUUUGGUGAUGACAAAGGAGGAGCAAGAGCUCAUCUUUAUGAGUAUAGGAUUACUGGGUAUUUCGUUUUUGCUUGUGUUGUUGCAGCCAUGGGAGGAUCCCUUUUUGGGUAUGAUCUUGGUGUUUCUGGCGGGGUGACUUCCAUGGAUGAUUUCUUGAAAGAGUUCUUCCCAAAAGUGUACAGAAGGAAGCAUGCACGUCUCCAAGAAACUGACUACUGUAAAUAUGACAAUCAGAUACUCACACUCUUUACUUCCUCUUUGUACUUUGCUGCACUUGUUUCCACAUUUGGUGCUUCAUAUGUUACCCGCAACAAAGGCCGUCGAGCCAGUAUACUCUGUGGAGCAGUCAGUUUCUUUCUUGGUGCAAUACUGAAUGCAUUUGCAAAGAACAUUGCAAUGCUGAUCAUUGGUCGAUGUCUUCUUGGAGUUGGCAUUGGAUUUGGCAACCAGGCAGUUCCUCUGUAUCUCUCAGAAAUGGCACCUGCAAAAGUCCGAGGAGCAGUCAACCAACUCUUUCAACUGACAACUUGUUUGGGGAUAUUGAUAGCCAACUUUAUCAACUAUGCAACCGACAAAAUCCAUCCAUGGGGAUGGAGAUUAUCGCUUGGCUUAGCCACAGUUCCUGCUGCAAUAAUGUUCAUUGGUGGGCUUUUCCUUCCCGAGACCCCAAACAGUCUCGUAGAACAGGGUAGAUUAGAGGAAGCAAGACAAGUCUUGGAGAAAGUUAGAGGUACCACAAAAGUUGAUGCAGAGUUUGCUGAUCUUAAAGAUGCAAGUGAUGCUGCCAGAGCCAUAAAACAUCCAUUCAGGAACCUCCUCAAGAGGAAGAACCGUCCUCAAUUGGUAAUAGGAGCACUCGGAAUCCCAGCAUUCCAACAGCUCACUGGCAUGAACUCCAUUCUUUUCUAUGCCCCUGUCAUCUUUCAGAGCUUAGGCUUUGGCUCAGGAGCAUCAUUGUAUUCAUCUGCUAUCACCAGUGGUGCACUUGUUCUAGCUACAUUCAUUUCCAUGGCUUUUGUUGACAAGUUUGGAAGAAGAGCUUUCUUUCUUGAAGCUGGAGCUGAAAUGAUCUGUGUCUUGGUAGCAGUUGCUGUUACUCUAGCUUUGAAGUUCGGAGAAGGUGAAGCGCUCCCAAAAGGAAUUGGUGUCUUCCUUGUAGUCAUAAUCUGCAUAUUUGUUGUGGCUUAUGGUAGGUCUUGGGGUCCCUUAGGUUGGCUGGUUCCAAGUGAACUCUUUCCCCUGGAAACACGGUCAGCAGGACAGAGUGUGGUGGUCUGUGUCAAUAUGAUCUUCACAGCCCUCAUUGCGCAGUGUUUCCUUGUGUCCCUCUGUCACCUCAAAUAUGGAAUCUUUCUGUUGUUCGCGGGUUUGAUAUUCAUCAUGAGCUGCUUCAUCUUCUUCCUCUUGCCCGAGACAAAGCAGGUUCCGAUAGAGGAAAUAUAUUUGCUUUGGCAAAAUCAUUGGUUCUGGAAAAGCUACUGCACCCCGGGGGAGAAUGAACAUGAUUUGGACGGGAAGCCUGGAUCACAGAUCUAAGACUACUCCAGAAAAUGGAGAUUAGUUUUCUGAUUGAUUUGUUCCAUAAGCAAAUGGAGAAGACAUUCUCAAUGAAAAUACCACACCUACAACUAGAGUAUGCAUUAUGGAUCCCUUUACGAACGAAGACUAUAUGAAGAUUUGCCCAUAUUUUUCAAUUGCAGUCUCCAAAUAUCGUUUAUUAUCA